AUGUUAGUCACCAUUUUCUUGCUCUUUGCUUUAGCAUUAUGUGACGUUUCUUCUCUGAAAUGUUACAAAUGUGAUGAAACUCAUGUGAACUUCUGGAUUAAUGCUAAGACGCUUCCAUCUUUUCCAACAAACUGUUCAUCAGUCGAAGCCGAGAAACAAUGUACAGCAGUUGUUCGAUGGUUUACAUUACCCAAUGGAAAAGAAAGUUACGUUGACUAUUUAGAUAACUUCUAUCCAUAUUUUUUACCGAAAGAUUCAUCACGUUUCUUUGUUUUUGUCGCUAUCGAACGUGAACUCCGAACGGCAUCAACUCGGGCACUAGUCUACAGUUGCACGACAGAUAACUGCAAUAAUGAAACAAGCCUUCAACGAGCAUUAAGCUCAUUAACUCUCAAGGAAAAUUUUGCACCACUGGAUGUUUUAUUCAGUAAUAACACUAAAAAGUUUACUCAGCAAAGUUCAUGCAUCGAAUUUUCCAAUUCAACUCACAUUGAAUGUCCAUCAUCGGCUUCUCCUUUAUCUUUAUGUCCAGCUUGCGUGCUCUUGGAAGUAGAUGGACCAUCACGAGAACUCUGUGCUCGCUGUCCAAAUGAAAGCACAACAACAGACGUUGACUCUGUUGAGCGUCGAGUAUUCUUCUUUCCCGGAAAUAAAACACGAUUAGGUGAUCAAAGUACACUUGUGUGUCGGACAAAAGGCUGCAAUGCAUUGGAUAAUGCGGAAAAAAUUCAUCAACUGAGCACAAUAGAGUUCGAUUUCAAAGAAUUCUUUCCCUAA